GCGUAACAUGUAGUCGAUGAGGGCGCUCUAUAGAUACACAAAACAGAUCGAUGAGUGACAGACGCCGGAGCGAGAAAACGACACCAAAUCAUCGAUUUGCCCAGGAAUUUGCAAGCGUUGGAUGCACAUAUGGCAGGCAGACCACUUCACGGCAGUCCGCAGCUCGGUGGCCACAGUUACGUUUCACUGGCUGAGACAAACCGUUCUCGUCGGCCGGCAUCGCUGUCUGGUGGCAGUGGGCCGGCGUCCCAUUAUCAGAUAGGCAAUCCCCUUCUGCAUCAUCAACACCAGAGAGCUCAACCAGCAAGCAGACACAGUCUGAGCGGUCCCUCGGUGCCUGCCGCACAAGUCCCCGUCACCUCGUCUCAUUCUAAGCACCAGCCAUCGCAGCGGGAGCAUCGGUCCAGCCUGGCAGGCAUAGGUCACAGCUCGACGGUGACCACGUCGCAGCAGCAGUCACAGCAUCAUGUACAGCAGCAGCAGCACCAGCAGCCCGGGGUGUGGGCCAUGCCACAGAUGAGGCACAUCGGCGGGCCGGCCAGCCAGAGCACGCCCACGGAGCAGACCAAGAAGUCUAAGGGCAGGAGGAGAAACCGAGGCAACACCACAGACACGGACAGACCCUGUCAGGAACACAGCUUCAUCACUGACGUCAAUGACAUACAGACCAUGCAGGACGGACUGCUGAAACUCAUGAGAGACUUCGAGACCGGCAAACUCAGUGCUUUUGAUGAACACUGCUCUUUUGAGAAGAUGAACAACGUCCGAGACCUUCAGGAGAAACUGGGACGAAUGCACUUUAAGAUGGAGGCAGACAUCCAGAAUGCUGGAGCAAAUACAAAAGAAGGAAUCGACAUCGCCACACAGAAUAUGGACCAUCUCCUUUCCAAUUUGGAUCAGCUGAGUAUGGCGGUCCAAAGUUUGCAUCCCCCUGGUGAUUCAUCGGCCUUUCAUCCAGAGCCACCGGUAUGACAUCAAUUUGAAGACGGUAACAGGUAUCUAUCCCCCACUGAAUAGGUCACAGUCUUGUCCUGGAUCUUGUGGCCCAUUUAGAUGCAUUAAUGUAUAAUGUUAUUGUACUGUUACAUACAUGUAUGUACACUUGUACGUGUUCUACAUAACCCCCAAGGACCGAC